UGAUGUCAGCUGGAUGCCAGUCUCUUCAGAGAGGCUCAGUCCCCAGUUUGAGUCAGAGCUAGGGACCAUGCCGUUCCAGGUUCAAGGAUAAAACCCAUCAGGCCCAAGUGCCAUCAUAUUCCACCUUCAGCGUUUUCCUCUACAAUUGGGACCCACCCCUGCUGAAAAGUGCAGUCUGACAGUAAGGGAACCAAAACACCAUGCUAUCGCACAGUGCCACGGUGAAGCAAAGGAAGCAGCAGGCGUCGGCCAUCACAAAGGAAAUCCACGGAAACGAUGUAGAUGGCAUGAUCCUGGGCAAAAAAGUCAGUAUCCCCAGAGACAUCAUGAUAGAAGAGUUGUCCCAUUUCAGUAAUCGUGGUGCCAGACUCUUUAAGAUGCGUCAAAGAAGAUCUGACAAGUACACCUUUGAAAAUUUCCAGUAUGAGUCAAAGGCACAAAUAAAUCACAAAAUUGCCAUGCAGAAUGGGAAAAUUGAUGGCAGCAACCUUGAAGGUGGUCCACAGCAAGCCCCCUCAACUCCUCCCAACACCCCAGAUCCACGAAGUCCCCCAAAUCCAGAGAACAUUGCACCAGGAUACUCUGGACCCCUGAAGGAAAUCCCCCCGGAAAGGUUUAACACGACGGCCGUCCCCAAGUACUACCAGUCACCCUGGGAGCAGGCCAUUGGCGGCGACCCUGAGCUCCUGGAGGCUCUGUACCCGAAACUCUUCAAGCCCGAAGGAAAGGCAGAACUGCCAGAUUACAGGAGCUUCAACAGAGUUGCCACUCCAUUUGGCGGUUUUGAAAAAGCAUCAAAAAUGGUUAAAUUCAAAGUUCCAGAUUUUGAAUUCCUGCUGCUAACAGAUCCCAGGUUCAUGGCCUUUGCCAAUCCUCUUUCAGGCAGACGGUCCUUUAACAGGACUCCGAAGGGAUGGAUAUCUGAGAAUAUUCCUGUAGUGAUAACAACUGAACCUACAGAAGACACCGCUGUGCCAGAAUCGGACGACCUGUGACAGGGAAGCUGGACACGCCUCAGAAAGUGCUGCACAGAGAAGCCGCUGCUAGCCUCCUUGCGGGCAAAGCCGUUUAAGUUAUUCAUUACUAAAAUCAUUUAAUGGCAGUUAAGUAAAUUUCAUUUCGUUGCAUUUAAUUUGAAUUGAACAAUUAAAUUCUUAUUUAAAGAACUUUUAA